AUGACGAAAUGGAUGAUGGGAGACCGUUUUGAUACGGUAUUUCCCCACAAAGGAUCUAUCAAGGCUCUAUGGGAGACAAAGUGGAAGUUUUGUUGCCAAAAAUCCAUCUACCCAUUCCACGAUGGCGCUUUCGAGGACUUUGAGCCUAUCUUCGAAAAGCUGAUUGCAGGCAAUAUCAACGAUCCCUUCACAGACGCUUACACCAAAGCCUUCCUGCCAAUAGUAGACGAGCUCGAGAAAGAAGCCAUCAAAGCCCUCGAGUACGACCACCCUGACCGCGCAGCUGACCUCUAUCGCCGCGCAUCAGUCGUCCUCCGGAUCGCGCGCUUCCCCUACGUAAGCCCAACAACACGCCCAGACAACGCAAUCAAACGCGCAACAUUCGACCGCCAAAAGGACCUCUACCUGAAAGCCGCAUCUCUCUGGAACCCCAUCAUCAAAGAGGUGAUAAUCCCACACACGCACCGCGCCGCAAAUGACGGUCCCAAUAUCCCGCUAUACAUCCGCGUUCCGGCCGAAGCAAGCGCUUCGAACCCCGUUCCUGUUGUGCUCCUCAUGACAGGACUGGACGGUUAUAGGCCUGAUAACAGCCAGCGGACGCAUGAGAUCAUUAACCGGGGCUGGGCGGCGGUGAUUUGUGAGAUUCCGGGGACGGCGGACUCGCCGGCUGAUCCUGCGGAUCCGGAGUCGGCGGAUAGGCAGUGGACUGCUGUGUUGAAGUAUAUGGCGACACGGCCUGAGUUUAACAUGAGUCGGGUUGCGGCUUGGGGGCUUAGUGCUGGUGGGUUCUAUGCUAUUCGGGCGGCUUGUACGCAUCGGGAUCAGCUUGUUGGUUCUGUUGCUCAUGGGCCUGGGUCGCAUCACUUCCUUAGUCCUGAGUGGUUGGCUAAGGUGAAUGAUCAUGAGUAUCCGUUUACGAUCACGGAUUGCUGGGCUGAGAAGUAUGGCUAUUCUAGCACGGAGGAUUUCAUUCAGAAUGCCCAGAAGAAGUUCUCGCUUGUUGAAACUGGUGUUGUUGACCAGCCUAACUGCCGCCUGCUGCUGCUAAACGGCGUGAACGAUGGUGUUGUUCCGGUUGAAGAUUCGCUUGUCCUGUUUAACCACGGCGGUCCAAAGGAAGGUCGCUUCUUUGAAGGCAUGGUGCAUAUGGGAUACCCGAACAGCCUGCCGGUUUCCUACAAGUGGCUGGAGGAUGUGCUGUCUCCCAACAAAAAGGAACUUAAGAACUAG